CUUGCUUGGUUGCAUGCUGUGCUGAGAUUUCUCCUGCCCAACGAACCGCGCGUAUGCAGCAUGACCUCCUCCUCCCUCGUCCCAUCUGCUACUUUAGCUGCUCGUCACACACAGCAGCUUCCUCUCGCAAGCACGCUCGAUCAGCCGCAUGGAUCCCGGCCGCCUCCAUCUCCUUUCUUCUUCACUUGACCUCUUCUCCCCUUCCACCCACUUCCAUUCUUGCCUACUUGCAGCUAGCUUUCUUGGCUGAUCGAUCUUGAUCCGCCGCUGAUGCGAUCAAAUAAUAAUCUGCUCUAGUUCCUUACCUUGAUCGAAACAUCAUCAACGACGCAUACCAUGGGGGAUGUGGGAUGUGGCUGUGCUUGCUAGCAGCGCCACUCGGCACAGCUGCAAGGUGUGCCGGAAGGGCUUCCCCUGCGGCCGCUCGCUCGGCGGCCACAUGCGUUCGCAUUCCCUGGCCGACGAGCUGGACGACGAGGAGGAGCACCAACAGCGGCAAGGCCUUGAUUGCGCGACGGCUCCGGGAGCAGGAGGUCACGGGCUGAGGGACAAGCCGAAGAAGACACGGCGCCUCUCGAGCCUCAGCGACUGCGGUGGCCGCGGUGACGUGUUUUCACCGUGUGAGUCGAACGUCGAUUACCGCCGCGCGCGAGGCGGUGGCAAAGCGAUGGAACUGGAGCGUGAUUGGAAGCAGGAGGGCUUGAUGCCGCCGCCGAGGCGUAGGCGCUCUAUGCGUGUGCCGGCUCGCACGCCGCCGCCGACUGCCUUCGACAAGGAGCCGGAGGAUGUCGCACUCUCCCUCAUCAUGCUGUCGUGCGACAUCGUGGACCGUCGCGGUUGCUCCACGGCCGUGGGCGCCAAGUACUCGCCGGGAGAGGACAGCACGAGGCGAGAUUAUCAGUACGAGUACCACCACCAUGACGCCGACUCCAACGACGGCACCAAAAUCAACAAGAGGAAGCUCCAUCACAGCGACGUUGGUGACGAGAAGCGGGGCCGGUACGAGUGCCCUGUAUGCGGGAGGACGUUCCGGUCGUACCAAGCACUCGGCGGUCACCGCGCUAGCUACAAGCGGAUCAAUAGUAACUGUAGCAUCGCCAAACCUAUCCUUGACUACCAACCGGAGCCCAAGCCCAGCGUCGAGACCAACACUACCUCCAUGGUUAGUAAUAAUAGGACGAUUAAAUUCGAGUGUCGCAUCUGCUUUAGGGUGUUUAGCUCGGGACAGUCGCUCGGUGGACACAAGCGGUCACACUCGAUCGCCGGUGAGCUCUAUGAGCACGUACAUUCUGUCGAUGACGAUGACGUUGGUGACGAUGAGCAACCACUGAUCUCUGAUGAGUUUCUUGAUCUCAAUCUGCCAGCUCCAGGAGUUGAGGAUUGAAAUUUGGCUACUUAAGUCUUGAUUUUCAGACGAAGUAUGGAUGUGGUACCUACAUACUAGUGUGAACUAUAGAUUCAGGUUCAAUCGAUUCUUCGGAGCUUCAAGUUACGAGUGAUCUAGAUUCGGUGAGAUGAACAAUGAUUGCUAAUCUUCUUGGGUUCAAAUUUCACUUAUAUUAUGCAUUUUACUAGUUUUUUUGUUUUGUUUUUCAGUAUCUUUAUAUAGAGUGAUAAGCAUCUCAUAAUAAAGUGCUAAACCUGAGAUAAUUCAAUGAAAGAUUUUUAAUUUUUAAUUCAGUCAGCAUUGUAUUUCUCAAGUUUAUAGAAUUCAGUGAAUGCUUUUAAGUUUGAUA